CUCUCUCUCUUCAGAGUCCCUUACUCCCUUUCUACACAACACCACGUAUAUUUUAAAAAACGCCGAAACCCGAACCCCAGAAAAUCCGCAGGGGCUCGAGAGCUCCCUCGAUCUCUCCGAAGAGGUGGUAAAUUUCAAAAACCACCUCGAUGCGAUCGAAACGUCUUCUCUUCUUGUUUUAAUCCAUCGUCGUCUCUCCCCUCGUAUUCUCAUUUUGCUUGUGAUCCUAGGAUCUCCAAAACAACGGCGUCGUUAAUAGCGAGGAGGAGACGAUUGGACAUUGUGAGAUUCCAUAUUCCUCUACAGACAAGGACUAUUGAAAGCAGCAGCUGAUUGGACAUGGCAAUCUUCACUGCUGGGAGCUUGCAAAUGGCAGCUACAAAGCCAUGCCUUCCUCAUUCUUCUACCAAGUCCAUACUGGGCGCUGCAAUUGAUGGAAAAGGCACGAACCAAGUGAAACUUGGAAGCCCCUGUUAUAUUUCAUCUAUAAAAACUCUUUGCAAGAGUUCAACAUCAGUCCCUCGGAGGUUCAGCAGUAUCACACCAAGAGCUGUUUCUAGUGAAGGGGGAAAAGAACUUCCUUCCGGAUUGCCCAUUGAUCUGCGAGGUAAAAGGGCUUUUAUUGCUGGUGUAGCUGAUGAUAAUGGCUAUGGCUGGGCAAUAGCUAAAGCUCUUGCUGCUGCUGGCGCCGAGAUUCUUGUUGGUACAUGGGUUCCUGCUCUUACUAUUUUUGAGACAAGCCUAAGACGGGGUAAAUUUGAUGAGUCACGCCGGUUGGCUAACGGUUCUCUGAUGGAAAUUAUAAAAGUAUACCCGCUAGAUGCAGUUUAUGAUAGCUUUGAGGACGUACCUGAAGAUGUUAGAACAAACAAACGGUAUUCGGGUGCUUCAAAUUGGACUGUCAAGGAAGUAGUCGAGUCAAUCAAGAAUGAUUUUGGAAGUGUUGAUAUCCUUGUGCAUUCUUUAGCAAAUGGACCGGAGGUCACUAAGCCACUCCUAGAGACAUCAAGGAGAGGAUACCUUGCAGCUAUAUCUGCAUCUAGUUACUCCUUUGUUUCAUUGCUCCAACACUUCCUUCCAAUAAUGAAUCCAGGUGGUGCUUCAAUCUCCUUGACGUACAUUGCUUCUGAAAAGACAAUACCUGGGUAUGGGGGAGGCAUGAGUUCGGCAAAAGCUGCCUUAGAAAGUGAUACCAGAGUGCUAGCUUUUGAAGCAGGAAGAAAAGGGAAAAUUAGAGUAAAUACCAUAUCUGCAGGUCCAUUGGGAAGCCGUGCUGCGAAAGCCAUUGGAUUCAUUGAGAAGAUGAUAGAUUAUUCAUAUGCUAAUGCACCACUGCAGAAAGAAUUAUCGGCAGAUGAAGUCGGAAAUGUGGCAGCAUUUUUGGUUUCCCCUCUGGCUUCGGCGAUAACUGGCUCUGUUGUUUAUGUCGACAACGGGUUGAAUAUUAUGGGACUUGCUACGGACAGCCCGGCAUUGUCGGUGUAGAAUCGGGGCAACACAUGAGAGAAUUGUCUGAUUAUCAUCGAGCUCCUCAUGCAAUGUUUUUUUUUUUUCCUCUCUAUUAAUAAAAGAGUUAGAACUUCUCAUUUUUCCCAGGUGAUUAAGGUGGAGUCAGCAGGUUAAACGAUGAUGAGUUUUCCUUGCAUGUAGAUGGUAAGCAAAAUCCACCUCUAGCCACCCUAAGCGCCAACUUUUGGUAUUCGGACAAAUUUUUCAGCUUUCGUAUAUUUCCGCAGCUAGUGGCGUAAUUUCUUAAAUGAGGGUAAAUUGCGUCGAUAUGAUAUGGUUAUUGUCGAGAAUUGGCUUCAAAAUAUAUUCAUAUUUGAAAGUGCGAACACUUUUUAAGGUGGUUAUAGAUGCUGGUGAUUCUUUUUGAUUUA